AAAGGCAAGCCACUCAGUCCUUUCAUAUCCAAACUGAAAGCCCUUCUGAGUGACGAAAGGUUUCGUCGAGCGAUAAAAUGGUGUGAAAACGGCUGUGCUAUCGUCAUUUCUGAUGGCGAAACGUUCAAGAAACUUGUGCUCGACCAGAGCGAAGAGAUGAAAAUGUUCAAGACUCGAAAUUUCACCAGUUUCGUUAGACAACUGAAUCUCUACGGUUUCAAAAAAGUGCCGGUGAACGGGAAGGCAGACCCCUCUAAAAACAUGAAGUUUGAGCAUCAGAACUUCAAACGGGAAAACCCUGAGCUAAUGCAUUUAGUACAUCGCACUUGCAACCCAAGAAAGAACAAAAAAGUCAACCGCAGUGCAAAGACACAUUUUACAAAGCGCACAGCUGUACUUCAUAGCACCAGGAAAAGACGAUACAACUGCUAUAGCGACGAAUGUGUUGGACCCGACGCCGAAAACAGCGAUAGCGAGACUUCUUCCAUAACAAGUUCAGAUAGCAGGUCAACCACACCGAAUAAAGUGUACUUCGCAAGCCCUUCACCUUUCGAGCCUCCAGCCGCAGUAGAAACAGCAGCUACAGAGCAGUACAUGUAUCAAAAAUUGCAAGAAGAACAAAUGGUUGUACAGCUUCUUCUUAGCUUAAAGAAUACCAGCCCAAUGGCAUUAAGCACUCCAUCGAGCUGUGAAGAUUUCCAGGCAAGCACGAGUGAUCCAGUUUGUGCCCCACCAUGUCAGUAUUACUAUCCACCCCUGCCAACCACACCCAAUUACUAUCCAGCAUUUAAUCAUAUCUACUAGAUAAUCAAUACCUCGAGAAAUACUUGUAUCGCGUUUAUAGAUAAUUGUUUUAUACCAUUGGCUAAGAAAGCCGAAAUAACACGAGGUUCAACUUUAGAUUUAAUCAGUUAAUUCCCUUGCAAAAGACGUCCAAAUCAGAGUUAAAAGAUUUUGAAGUUUUAUUAAUGCAAAUUGCUCUCUGCCUGAUACACCAGUGUCUUGAUUAGCUUUUUUUUAAAUAUUUUCCUUUAAAAAUCAUUGGCAAUAUUUGCAGUUAAUGAAUGUAAAUUUAUGUAUAAAUUUUACAAUAAAUUAUUUAUCUUCAAGUGAAU